AUGGACAGCGCGCCGUCUCUUACCUCGUGGAGCAAGGUCUUGUACUUGCAGCAGCCUUUCGAAGACAACUACGUCGACGAUUCCUUUCUCAACUCCCUCGUCCUGAACGCCCAUGUUACCCGAUACGAGCUGCAAGAACUGUGCUGCAGUACCACGUCAAUAAUCCGGCAAUUAUGCUUGGUCGUGAUCUUCGUUAACGUUUGGUGGAAGGCUCAGCUAGAGUACGACUUCCGUUGGCUUUUUGCCGUCGGAGGGUUGCUCUUUUCUUGCUAUCUCUGGCACUGCGUCAGCAUGCGGCCUCUCACCGUCGUCCUGAAAGUUUUGCAGGUCGGCGCUAUCGUCUUCCCACUUGGAGUUCUGGCUCCUUUACUUCAAGCCCUAACGCGAAGUUGGAGCGAUGACACUAUUGGCGUCUUUGCCUGUGGCUUGCUCCUGCUGCAUGUCAUACUGUACGAUUACGGUGAUGGGUCGUCAGCGUCGGUUUGGUCCUGUCGGCAGGAGCUGUUCCUACCUGGCGGACCCAUAGCCCUCAAUGCAUCGGUGCUGUCCGCCAUGAUACUGGCAUCUAGGCUGCGGACGCCUCUUGAGGUCUUCGCUUUCAUGAGCUUCGCCAUGGAGGUCUUCGCGUUGCCGCAUUUUUGCGGUCGAUCGACGGCCUGUGUACUGCCGUUCUUGUUCGCGGUUGCCAUUGCACUGGAUUUCAAGUCGGGGGUUUCUCUGCUGCUGGCGGGGAUCCUCAUCGGACUUGUGGGUCCUGUUCUAUUUCUGUCGGCGCAACAUCUCAAGACGGAGAUUCAGGGCCCCUGGGACAUUGCCCAUGUGGUGCCGGAGACACUCGAAGGAACGUUGGGCCAAGGCCUAGCAGCCGAUUCCAGAAAGGUGGGAGGCGGCCGGUAUGCCGAGACGGCCAGGCGGGUGCCGAAUUUGAUCAUUACAAGAGCGGAGUUGGCAACCACUAACCAGGUUCGGCAACUCCGCUACAGCAUGUCUGCCGAGGCAGAGCGGGAGUUACCAAAGCAGUCCCAGGCGUAUCCGAACCCAAGAGAAGGACUUGCAGCUGAGAAGCUGGCAAUGGAGGAACGACCAGCACCAGGAAUGCACGAUCUUCCUCUUCGCCAGUACUUAGACACGUAUGUCGUGCCAACCCUCCUUCCUGGGAUGAAUGCUGUAGCUGAGGAGCGCCCAGAGAACCCUGUGGAGUGGUUGGCGUACUACUUGCUCAAGAACAACACAAUGGGGAAAAAGCCAUCCGAAGAGAAAAAGGCAGAUGAUGCGGCACCAGAGCAAUAA